AUGGCGUUUACAAAUGCCUCGUUUGGACUAGCAUUUGCAAUCGUUGCCGUCAUGUACGCCGUCGUUUUGCCCCCCACUCGUGCAGAUUUCCCCGCCCCGGCUCCGGCUCCCACGAACGAUGGCACGGCGAUAGACCAAGGGAUAGCGUACAUCCUAAUGCUUUUGGCAUUGGUGCUCACAUAUCUCAUUCAUUGAACCAACUUCCGAUUUGUCACCUUAUGUGGGAAAGAAGCAUAACAUAAACAAAUUAGAAACGUUCAAUGUUCUGAUGAUGUGUAUUUGGGGUGUGUGGUCUAUCUUUUCAUUUUGGAAGGAAUGACUUAUU